AUGGAUAAUAUAACAAUACCAGCACUUUUAUUAAACGAUACAAACAACACAUGUCCUGCACCUCUUUUAUGGACUAAAGAUGUUGUUGAGGAUGAACAAGCUGCGCUUGGCAUUUGUAUUACUGCUGCAGUUAUUCAUGCAAUAUUUUGGUUUCAAUUAAUUUUUUCAUCAGCUAUUCGACAACAAUCAAUGCAAUGGAUUUAUGUUUAUCUUCUUACUGACAUUUUUCUUCUUCUUCGCUUUUGCUUUUCUUAUACUAUUCAUACAACAUCUACUGAAUGUCAACCAAGCAGAUCACGAAUUUUAUUUAUCUGCUAUUUUGAAGCAAUACUUGAUAAUUAUUUUA